AUGUCCGAUCCUCUCCCCACUGAAGUCGAGGCUUCCUACUCUGUCAUUAUUGACGAGAUUCUUCGCGCCGGCGACCUCAACACAAUCUCCGCAAAGCGCAUACGCAAGGGACUGCAAGAGCGAAUCGGCCAUGAUACCUCAAAUCAGAAGGAUGCGAUCACCGCUCUCAUCAUGCAGCGCUUCGACAAGUUCAACUCCGAAGUGAACGGUACCACAACCGAGUCCCAAGAGCCCAUACUCACAGUCGAGAACGGCGCCGCCUCUACCUCAGCGACUCCCGACCAAAAGCGCUCGCCCGACUCCGAGUCAGCGCUAUCUGAGCUCGAAGACUCUGCGCCACCUAAGAAGAAAGCAAAGAAGAGUCGAGCCACCGAGGACGACGACGCAGCAUUUGCGCGCAAACUACAAGCCGAGGAGAACGCGCGCAGCGGCCGUGCGACACGCGGUGGGAAUACUAGGAAGAAGGCGCCGCUGCCGAAGAAGAAGACCAAGAAGAAGAGCUCGAAUCGCGUCAAGGACGACGAUGACAGUGACAUUGCGUCUGGAAGCGGAAAGGAGAAGAAGAGUCCCAGUCGGAAGGGAGGGUUUCAUAAACCCAUGGCCCUCUCCCCCGCGCUCUCCUCCCUCCUGAACGAAACACAACUCUCGCGCCCUCAAACAGUCAAGAAGAUCUGGGAGUACGUGAAACAACGAGAUCUACAAGACCCCAGCGACAAGCGGCAAAUCAGGUGCGACGAUGCGAUGCGCGCGGUCUUCAAGCAGGACAGGGUGCACAUGUUCACCAUGAACAAAAUCCUCAACCAGAAUUUGUACGCGGUGGACGAGAUCACUACGGCGCCAGUGGAGGUGCAGUCCGGCUCGGAGUAG